AAGCAUAAAGAAAAGAUAAGAUAAUUUUGCCAUUUUUUUUAGUUAUGAUGGCAGUAUCAAGAUGUCUUAUUGCUUUAUUCUUUGUUUUUGCAUUGUUUUCCACUGCAGUGAAGGCACUGAGCUCAAAUUACUACGACCAAACAUGCCCCAACGCCGAGUCAACUGUCACAAAAAUUGUCAAGAAAGCUAUGUUGAAUGACAAAACAGUUCCAGCAGCACUUUUAAGGAUGCACUUCCAUGAUUGUUUCGUUAGAGGUUGUGAUGGAUCUGUGCUGCUGAACUCAACAAGAAACAACAAAGCAGAGAAAGAUGGACCCCCUAACAUCUCAUUGCAUGCAUUCUAUGUCAUCGACGUUGUUAAGAAACAAAUCGAGGAUUUGUGUCCUGGAGUUGUCUCAUGUGCUGAUAUUGUGGCUCUCGCUGCUCGUGAUGCUGUUUCUCUUUCUGGAGGUCCUAGUUGGGAAGUGCCAAAAGGUAGAAAAGAUGGAAGAAUCUCAAAAGCCACAGAAACCCGACAAUUACCUUCUCCCACCUUCAACUUUUCUCAACUCCAACAAAACUUUGCUCAAAGAGGCCUUUCUUUGGAUGAUUUGGUUGCACUUUCAGGAGGGCACACUCUUGGAUUCUCUCAUUGUUCUUCCUUUCAAAACAGAAUCCACAAAUUCGACAACAGUCACAAUGUUGAUCCAACACUACAAGCGUCAUUUGCAGCCAGUCUCCAGAAUGUUUGCCCCGCGCACAACAAGGUCAGAAAUGCAGGCGCCACAAUGGAUUCUACAACAACUUUAUUCGACAACGCCUACUACAAGCUACUAAUGAAUGGCAAGGGCCUUUUCUCUUCAGAUGAAGCUCUGCUCACAAAUUCAAGGACAAAAAGAUUAGUUUCAAAGUAUGCUACCUCUCAGGAUGACUUCUUUAAAGCAUUUGCCAAUUCUAUGAUCAAGAUGAGUAGUAUAAGUGGUACCGGACAAGAAGUUAGGCCGGACUGCAGAUUUGUUAGGUGAUAACAUUUGUUUCACAUGAUCAGGCCAAGUAAUUAUUGUAAUUGGGAACUUUAAUUUGUAUUUAUUUUGUUGAUUGGUGAAGUGUGUUAUUCUGAGAAAAGAAGCAUUGGUGAGGGGUUUAUAACAGCAUGUUUGUCUUGUUUUAACAGACGCUACCAAAAUGAGA